GUUUCUUGCAAGGCCGGCGUCAACUGGGCAGGGAUUAUUAACCAGGUCAGCGAAAUGAGUCUGAACCCCAUUUCUAGAAUCACAGUAGCGGCCACAAGACACUUCCUCCCGCUCCCCUCCCUCUUUCCCAACCCCCAGCACCUCUUUUCUUUUUCGUUUCUUUGCACGGUUUGUUUCCUUGACAGAAUGUAAUAUUCAUAGUCGUACUCUUGUAACCACACCAGGUCUAGCAGGUGGGGGAGUCAAGUGCAUCAAGCCUGAAAUCAGCCUUUGAAAGUUCUCUGACUGUUGGGUCUGAGAUCUUGUCAGUACAGAUGAAGGAAAAGUUAUUUCAGGCCCUUAGUAGAAAUUAAUCAUGCUACUUAGGCGACCCGGACAACCUAGAGCACGGAAAUCGCAUGCAAAUCUCAAAGGCGAGCCCCCGUGCCUAGCCUGCUGAUGGACCCAGGAGCGUGUGAGCAGCUCUGGGCUCGCCCUGCUCCCCACCCGGCCUCUUCAGGACCCGCGGAAGUCACACGCCACGUUCCCCCCAAAAGUCUGCUUUAGCACAUCUCUGCGGCUGUGCUUCAUUUUUAAGAGACACGGAAGUCAUGCAACCAUUAUUUAUUAGCACUGGAAAGUACCUUAGAAAUAGAUUCCAAGCCCUUUAGGUAGACGCAAGAAACUGAGGUCCUGAGAGAGGGGAAGUGAUUUGUCCAAGUCAGGCAGCUAGGUGGAGGCAAAACUAGGACUGGCACCUUUGCCUCCAGAAUUCUAGUCCUGUUUGAUGCCUGUUCUCUCUCAACUGAUGUUGGCUGCCCCCUAUGGGUGGCUGAAUAUGUUGCUUGUUUCUCGGAGUUGAGCUGUUUCAAGAGAGAAGUUCUGAAAAUGUAAUCUCCAGAUCCCGCCCAACCUAAAAAGUUAAAUUGAGUUGAAUCUAUGGGUCACUUUCAGAUUACUCUGAUUUUCUUGGUAUCCCGGAUAUUUCACAAGGGUGCCACUUCAUUGGGGGAUUUCCAAGGAGUUCCCUGUGAAUCUUUCAAAAGAUGCUGACCUACAGCUCUGGGCUUCUAAUAAUGGUUUCACUUAUGAUGCUAGUAUUUUUUAUUCAAGGGAAACUAUUGUAAUUAUUGAUCAGAAGUUAAGAACCUCCGGUUGACACUGCAGAACUUCAGGCUCUUGCUGGAAGGGAUAGACACUAAAUGAAAGAAAUGGUUAUGGAUUAUAAGUACAGUUUAAUGUCGUGUGUGUGUGUGUGUGUGUGUGUGUGUGUGUGUGUGUGUGUGUGUGUGAUGCCUUUUACUUUUGGAUCACAUCCUGCUUGUCACCAUGCAUCCUGGACCUUCAGAUUGUUGCCCCAAAUAAUAGUUUUAAAUUGUAAGAACCUCAAAUUCAGGAUUUUUGCAUAUACAGUAGCGAUGAGGAUGAUGAAGACAUUGAGAUGUGUGACCAUGACUAUGAUGGGCUGCUUCCCAAGUCUGGAAAGCGUCACUUGGGGAAAACUAGGUGGACCAGGGAAGAGGAUGAAAAACUAAAGAAGUUGGUGGAACAGAAUGGAACAGAUGACUGGAAAGUUAUAGCCAAUUAUCUCCCGAAUCGAACAGAUGUGCAGUGCCAGCACCGAUGGCAGAAAGUACUAAACCCUGAGCUCAUCAAGGGUCCCUGGACCAAAGAAGAAGAUCAGAGAGUGAUAGAGCUUGUACAGAAAUACGGUCCGAAACGUUGGUCUGUUAUUGCCAAGCACUUAAAGGGGAGAAUUGGAAAGCAAUGUAGGGAGAGGUGGCAUAACCACUUGAAUCCAGAAGUUAAGAAAACCUCCUGGACAGAAGAGGAAGACAGAAUUAUUUACCAGGCACACAAGAGGCUGGGGAACAGAUGGGCAGAAAUCGCAAAACUACUGCCUGGACGAACUGAUAAUGCUAUCAAGAACCACUGGAAUUCUACAAUGCGUCGGAAGGUGGAGCAGGAAGGUUAUCUACAGGAGUCUUCCAAAGCUAGCCAGCCAACGGUGGCCGCAAGUUUCCAGAAGAACAGUCAUUUAAUGGGCUUUGCUCAUGCUCCGCCGUCAGCUCACCUCCCUCCAACUGGACAGCCCUCAGUGAACAACGACUAUUCCUAUUACCACAUUUCUGAAGCACAAAAUGUCUCCAGUCAUGUCCCAUAUCCUGUCGCAUUACAUGUCAAUAUAGUCAAUGUUCCACAGCCUGCUGCAGCAGCCAUUCAGAGACACUAUAAUGAUGAAGACCCUGAGAAAGAAAAACGAAUAAAGGAAUUAGAGUUGCUCCUAAUGUCUACUGAGAAUGAGCUCAAAGGACAGCAGGCGCUACCAACACAGAACCACACAUGCAGCUACCCCGGGUGGCACAGCACCACCAUCGCCGACCACACCAGACCUCACGGAGACAGUGCACCUGUUUCCUGUUUGGAAGAGCACCACUCCACGCCAUCUCUGCCUGUGGAUCCCGGCUGCUUACCUGAAGAAAGCGCCUCUCCUGCGAGGUGCAUGAUCGUCCACCAAGGAGCCAUUCUGGAUAAUGUUAAGAACCUCUUAGAAUUUGCAGAAACACUUCAAUUUAUAGAUUCUGAUUCUUCAUCAUGGUGUGACCUCAGCAAUUUUGAACUCUUUGGAGAAGCAGAAUUUUCACCUAGCCAACAGCAUGCAGGCAAAGCCCUACGGCUCCAGCAAAGAGAGGGCAAUGUGAAUAGACCCGCCAGAGAGCCUAGCAAACGCACGUUGAGCGAGGGUUCACUUGGCCCGCUCAAGCCCGUACCUCCUGCGAGGCACAGCGCCAUUCCACUGGUCAUCCUUCGAACAAAGCGGCGCCAGGCCAGCCCCUUAGCCGCGGGAGACCCUAGGUCCUUCAUAUUUGCUGACGUCAGCAGUUCACCUCCCAAUCGGUCCCCUGUCAAAAGCCUGUCCUUCUCCCCCUCUCAGUUCUUAAACACUUCCAGUAAUCAUGAAAACUUAGACUUGGAAAUGCCUUCUUUAACUGCCACCCCUCUCAGUGGUCACAAAUUGACUGUUACAACACCAUUUCAUAGAGACCAGACUGUGAAAGCUCAAAAGGAAAAUACUAUUUUCAGAACUCCAGCUAUCAAAAAGUCAAUCCUAGAAAGCUCUCCGAGAACCCCUACACCAUUUAAACAUGCACUUGCAGCUCAAGAAAUAAAAUAUGGCCCCCUGAAGAUGCUACCUCAGACACCAUCUCAUCUCGUAGAAGACCUGCAGGAUGUGAUCAAACAGGAAUCUGAUGAAUCUGAAAUUGUUACCGAGUUUCAAGGAAAUGGACCUUUACUGAAGAAGAUCAAACAAGAGGUGGAAUCUCCAACUGAUAAAGCAGGAAACUUCUUCUGCUCGAACCAUUGGGAAGGCGAGAAUCUGAACACUCAGCUGUUCACACAGGCAUCACCUGUGGCAGAUAUGCCAAAUAUUCUUACAAGUUCCGUUUUAAUGACGCCAGUAUCAGAAGAUGAAGACAACGUUCUCAAAGCUUUUACAGUACCUAAAAACAGGUCCCUGGCAAGUCCCUUGCAGCCUUGUAGUGGGGCCUGGGAAGCUGCAUCCUGUGGGAAGAUGGAAGAUCAGGUAACAGCCUCCGGUCAGGCUCGGAAAUAUGGGAAUGCCUUCUCAACCCGGACUCUGGUCAUGUGAGACGUUCCCAGACAAGCAUUAUGGUUUCAGAACACUUCACGUCGGCUUAGGAUAUGUCGUUCCUCUACAUGAAACUUUUCAUGAAAGGGAGAAGAACCUAUUUUUGUUGUGGUACAACAGUUGAGAGCAGCACCAAGUGCAUUUUAGGUGGAUGAAAUCUUAUCAGAUUUCACCCAACUAAAAGGAUUUUUUAAAAAAAAUAAAUAACAGUCUUACCUAAAUUAUUAGGUAAUGAAUUGUAUCCAGUUGUUAAUAUCUUAGUGCAGAUGUUUUAAAACGUAAAGCGAUUUACCUGUAUUUUAGAGGAUCCAACAGACCAGUAUUUUUUCAUGAUGAGGUUUUUGAAAUUUUACCCAAAAUAUGUUACUCCAAUAUUUCACUUUUCUCAACCACUAAACACAAUGCAUUACUAUAAAUGUUGGUUUAAUACCAUGGGAUAAUUAAUCGAGAUUGUAAAUGCUCAUUUAUGGUUACUAACAUUGGAGGUACAUUUAUUGUACUAAACCAUUUGGUGAGUUUUUUGUUGGCUUGCUUUAAAAAUUAUUACUGUAUGAAAUAGUUUUAUAAAACAAAUUAUAUUUUUAUUCAGUAAUUUAAUUUUGUAAAUGCCAAAUGAAAAGAUGUGUCUUGCUGCUAUGGUCUUAGCCUGUAGACAUGCUGCUAGUAUGAGAGAAGCAGUAGAGCUUUGGACAGAGACUUGGUGUUAGGUAAUUGACUAUGCACUAGUAUUUCAGACUUUUUUAUUUUUUAUAUGUAUACUUUUUUUUUUCCUUUUGUAAUACAUUGGAAAACUUAUUUGGGAGAUUUUUGCAUUUGUUUUUUGUUAUUUUUUGUUGUUGUUAACUGUGGUUCAUAAGAGCAUGGAUUGCACUUAUUUUUUGGGAGAUUUAUGUUGUUGGUGUUCUAUGUUUUGUUUUGAGUUUCGCCUGACUGUUCCUUAAUUCAGAUGUAUGUGUUUGAUCAUUCCUCUUGGUUUUGAAGUGUCUGGUCUGAGAACUACCGCACAUGUGGAACCUGUGUUUGCGGCUAGGCUGGAGAGACUAGGGUCCGUGGCCAGUGGCUGCCUUAACAGCAUUUGGUACAUCAUCACUAGCACUGAAUUUUUGAUACGACAAUGUACUUACUGCCUUGUAGUGAAAUAAAGCCGUGCCAUUAUUUUACCUAC